UUUAGCUUCGAUAGCAGUGACUUGUUUAAAAGUUUAAAAUGAGAAUAUACUGUUUACUUUUCUGCUGGUUAAAUUUGUUAUAUUUUUCACACUGUGCAAAGAUUUUAGGAAUAUUUCCCUUUCCUACAUACAGCCAUUAUAUACUCGGAUCCAGGAUAAUGAAAGAAAUGGUAAAGAGAGGUCACGAGGUCACGUUUAUUAGUUUUUUCAAAGAACCUACUUUAAUCAAGAAUUAUAAUGAAAUCGUUCUGCCAAUUAAAAAAGGAGAAAAGGAGGAAAUAAUAUCUUUGCAUUUUGGCAAUAAAUUAUCUGCUACUGACAACAUAGAUUUGGUCCUACAAUUCAACACAGUCUUUGCUGAUUUAUUAUUUAAAAAUCACGAGUUUAAACAAAUUCUUAAUGAAUCUUUUGAUCUGAUUGUGUACGAUGUUUUUACUACUCACAUAUACACUGCCCUAGGCCAUCAUUUUAAGUGCCCUGUAGUGUUACUGUCAACAACACCACCGAGUAUCUAUACGAAUUUUGUAAUGGGCAAUCCACAUUAUUCCUCCUACGUUCCUAACUUAGUUUCACCUUACCCAACUGUCAUGAACUUAUGGCAAAGAUUUUUUAAUAUUUACUACGACAUUUACGCCCUAUAUCAACUGUAUAUGAAAACCAUUCCCGCUGAAAACGAGAUUUUGCAACAAUCUUUGGGGCCUAUGCCUCAUUUGAAGGAUUUAAUGUACAAUGCUAGUCUGAUGUUGUGCAACUCUCAUCCAAGUAUUAACGUGCCCGCACCAGUGGUUCCUGGAAUUAAAGAAAUUGCUGGUGCUCACAUACAUUUAGAUCCAAAAAGAUUACCAGAGAACUUACGGGAGAUUUUAGACAAAAGUUUUGAAGGUGUUAUCUUAAUUUCUAUGGGGUCAAUACUUGAAAGUUCCUUGAUACCCAAAGAAAGAAAAGACAUAUUUUUCAACGUGAUAAAGAAAUUCCCUAAGAGGUUUUUAUGGAAGUACGAGGAAUCUGUAAAGCAUCAACCGGAUAAUUUGUUGAUAUCUGAAUGGAUUCCCCAGCUGGAAGUUUUAGCCCAUCCCAAUGUGAUAGCUUUUGUUAGUCAUUGCGGAGCCUUCAGUGUUAUUGAAUCAAUAUAUUAUGGAGUGCCAUUAAUAUGUAUUCCUGUGUAUGCGGACCAAUUCAUAAAUGGGAAUUACGCAUUUGAAAAACAAUAUGGUUUGACAAUUCCUUAUAGGGAAUUGACUGAAGAAAAACUUACGAAGGCACUGGAGAAGAUACUAAAAGAUUCUAAGUUCCAAGAAAAAGCUCGUGAACAUUCAGAAAUUUUGCGAAGUACUCCUCAAAAACCAAUGGAUACAGCAACAUUUUGGUUGGAGUAUGUUAUAAGACAUAAAGGUGCUCUUCAUCUACGAACUGCCGUUUUAAACUUAAAGUGGUAUCAAAUAUUUAUGUUCGACAUUAUAUUAUUGCUAUUUUUAUUAAUAUUAACCUUAUUUAGUUUACACUUUGUUUUCAAAUAUGGUUAUAAGAGAAUUACACUACAUCUUAAGAAAAAUAAAUAAAUUAAAUCAGGGAGA